AUGGGGCUCUUCAGUGUUCCUGAACUCAACACCCGUCUGGGUACUUGGCGGGCCUAUCAUUUGGCAGCCAUCGUUUUUAUCUCAUCUUUCCUCUCCGCUUACGACUCGGGAGUGGCUGGCGGAAUCCUGAGCUUCACGUCCUUUCAGAAAGAUUUUGGCUAUACCAGCAAGCACCAGUCCAAGGUUUCGUCGCUUACGGUGGGCUUGGAGCAGCUUGGGUCUUUCAUUGCAGCUCUCUUCGUUUAUCCGUUGACCAACAAAUAUGGGCGCAAAAUCGCCAUCAUUGGCUCGACUGCCCUCUUCGUUAUCGGCGUCGUGAUCCAGGUCAUCAACACUCACUCGCUGGCAGCUUGGUAUGUUGGUCGCGUGGUUGCUGGUCUAGGCAUGGGUGGACAGAGUGUCGUGAUUCCCAUGUACUCGGCAGAGAUGACGCCGAAGGAGAUUCGCGGUCGCUGUGGUUCGUUCUAUCAGUGGCUCUAUACAUGGGGAGUUUUCACCGCAUACUGGGUUGACUAUGGCGUUGCCAAGAGCACAUCGAUUGCAGGCACAUCGCGUGAAUGGCAGAUACCCGUCGGUCUUCAAUUGAUAUCUGGAGGUAUUCUCUUCAUUGGCACUUUCACCCUGCCAGAAUCUCUCCGCUGGCUCUUGUCGCAAAACCGUACAGACGACGCCUGGAAAUCUAUCGUUUGGAUCCGAGGUGGUGACACGCCAAAGACCCGUGAUGAGUUCGCAGAGACCCAGCUGGGACUUCAAGCUGAGCGUGCUGAGCGGGAGGGCUUCUCUCUUCGUGAACUUCUUGAACCUGCAAAUCGUCUCCGUUUCCUCGUUGGCCCUCUCCUGUUCAUAUUCCAGAAUGCAACUGGUAGCAGUGCUCUGGCUGUAUUCGCGCCGCAGUACUUCAAGUUGAUUGCAGGUAGCGGGACAGACCGGAACAUGCUUCUGACCGGUCUGUUCGGUGCUGUCAAGGUCAUCUCGUGCACGUUCUUCAUCAUCUUCCUGGCGGAACGGCUCAGUCGUCGUAUUACGUUAGUGAGUGGCUCGGCUUUGAUGGCUGCUUGCAUGUUGAUUACUGCCCUGAUUGUCGACUAUAUCCCAACCCAAUCCGCAACCAGCGUUACGGCAGCUGGAAGGGCGACUGUAGCGAUGAUUUACCUGGACAUUAUGAUCUACAACUGCUCUUGGGGCCCUCUGCCCUGGGCUUACGUCCCCGAGAUCUUCCCUACACGCAUUCGCGCCCUGGGUCUGGCAGUUAGCAUGUUGGCUCACUGGGCAUCGUCAUUCUGCUUCUCCUUCGCGAGUCCCUACAUGAUCGCAAAUGUUGGUGCAAACACCUUCCUCAUCUUCAUGGGCUUUGACAUUGUUGCUGCUAUCUUCUGCUGGUUCUUUGUCAAGGAGACUCGGGGAAAGAACCUUGAGGUUGCUGCCGGUACAGAAUGGGAGGCUGCUGAGCGUAGCUCCUCUGAUGAUGGUGAGAAGGGUGGCGUGCUGAACGCGGAGGGAAAGAAAGUGCAACUCGUCAGCGUGCAUGAGAAUUUCCAUGCCAACCUCAAACACCGGUCCUAA